AUGUGGCGUGUGUUCCUCUUCCUGACGAUGAACGAGUUUCGCCUGACUGAGGCUCCUGCGCGGAGUGAUCAUGUAGCCCUGCUGCUGGAAAAUGUCCUGUACGUCUGGGGCGGAUUACAGUAUGUAAACGGAGAGGAGAAGAUGUUACCCAGUGCUGAGAUUUGGCUGUAUGACAUGGAAAGUGGAAUCUGGGCUCGCAGGGAAAUGGGCGGAGAGGUCCCUCCUUCGCUCUUUCAGACCUGUGGUUCGUAUUGCACCGGCAAGCUUUAUAUAUUCGCAGGCCAAGACGAGAAUGGACACACCAACCAGAUGUACUGUGUAGACUUGCUGGAUGGACGUUACACCUGGAAGGAAUUGACACACGUUUUGGGAACACCUCCAUCACCCAGGGACAGACACUCCUGCUGGGUCUAUAAGGACAGGCUUAUCUAUUUCGGUGGGUAUGGAUACAAAACGACUAGAGACGUCAACACCAAGAGCUUCACAGUGAAUGAGACAUCAUGGUCGACAAAUGGGAACGCGUUCCUCCGUUACUAUGGCUGGAACAACGAGGUCCACAUGUUUACACCUGACUCGGUCACAUGGAGCGAACCUCAGACCCAGGGGCCGGCACCUAAACCGAGGGCCUCCCAUGCCAGUGCCAACAUGGGUAACAAGGGCUACAUUUGUGGAGGCUUGGAAACGCAGACCAUAGACAUCUACUGUUUAGAUCUGGUCACAUGGGCAUGGACACAAAUUGAGCUCUUGGCCGUUUCCAUCCCGAAGGGUCGCUCCCUGCACACCCUGACCCCCACCUCGCACCACAGGCUUCUCCUUUUCGGUGGCCUCAGCACGUCCGGACAGGUUCUCAGUGACGCCUGGGAAUUUGACACUGUAACAGAAGAAUGGAAAGAGAAGCGGCAUUCCAACAGGGACAAACCCAGGUUGUGGCACUCAGCAGUGCAGGGUAAGGACAACGACGUGGUGGUUUUCGGAGGAAGCCAGGAAUAUGUAUUGGUCAUGGAUUCGGUAACCGUGCUCAGAUCUCCCACAGAAAGCCACUGUAGAGAUGUGUUGGUGUUUCAGACUCAGCCCUAUUCACUCUCCAGAUUAUGCGAGGACUGUAUAGGAAAACAUGGCUCGGCUUUGUGGGAGCAAGUGUCGUCCUUACCAGCCAGAGUUCAGGAGACGCUUCUGAAGAGAAUCCGUUACUUCAGGACAUGCAAGGAGCCGCAGGGCCGAGGCGGUUCUACGUGAGCCUGCGGUUAUACGGUCGGCUCGACUCUCGGUUGUGCGAGCGCUGUUGUUUAACGUUCUCGUUCAAAAGUACUUGAAAUAUACAAUUGCUGUCUUGUGGAUUUACCCCAU